AUGCCCCGAGACAACAUGGCUUCCCUGAUUCAACGGAUCGCCCGCCAGGCUUGCCUCACCUUCCGGGGUAGCGGGGGCGGCCGCAGCGCUUCCGAUCGGGGCGCGGCGCCAGGCCAGGAGGCGCCGCCGGGCUUCCCGGAGAACUUUAGCAAACUGAAGAGCCUGCUGACCCAGGUCCGUGCCGAGGACCUGAACAUCGCCCCGCGCAAGGCCACGCGGAAGCCACUGCCGCCCAACCUGCCGCCCGUCACCUACAUGCACAUCUACGAGACGGACGGCUUCAGCCUCGGCGUGUUCCUGCUCAAGAGCGGCACGUCCAUCCCGCUGCACGACCACCCGGGCAUGCACGGCAUGCUUAAGGUGCUCUACGGCACGGUGCGCAUCAGCUGCAUGGACAAGCUGGAGGCGGGCGGCGGGCAGCGGCCGCGGGCCCCGCCGCCCGAGCAGCAGUUCGAGCCGCCGCUGCAGCCCCGGGAGCGGGACGCCGUGCGGCCGGGCGUAUUGCGCUCCCGGGCCGAGUACACCGAAGCCAGCGGCCCCUGCGUCCUCACGCCGUAUCGGGACAACCUGCACCAGAUCGACGCAGUGGACGGGCCAGCCGCCUUCCUGGACAUCCUGGCCCCACCCUACAACCCCGACGACGGCCGGGACUGCCACUAUUACCGGGUGCUGGAGCCCAUCAGGCCCAAGGAGGCCGCCUCGGCUUCCGACCUUCCCCGAGAGGUAUGGCUCUUGGAGACCCCGCAGGCUGAUGACUUCUGGUGCGAGGGGGAGCCCUAUCCAGGCCCCAAAGUCUUCCCUUGA